CCGAUAGCCAUGAAUGGGGUGGUGGAGACGCGGGUUUGUGGAUUUUAUCCAGACGCUAAAAUUAAUAUUUCUUCUACAGCGGAGUUAUUUCUGUCGUUACUUGUAUCAUAAAUAUAUUCCACUUGGUUAGAUCGUUUAAAUGACACCAUCAAGUCCGAUUUAAAAGCUUUUUUUCUGCGUAUCUCAGUGGCUCGGAGAAAAUCACGGUCUCGUUGUUUUCAUAUUAAACAUGCCGAGGAAUAAUAAGACCUCGCUGAUCCAGAAGAUCGCGAGUCAGGCUUGUCUGACCUUCAAAAACUGCACUUCCCCAGUCUUUGGGGACAAUAAGGUGUUUGUAGACCAGCAAGCACAGCUUGCCACUCUGCUGUCCGAGAUCAGGGCUGCGGAUCUGAAGAUUGCGCCACCGAAGAAAGUCUCCGUAUCUUCCCACCAGUCGUCUGCGGUUCCUCCAGUCGCAUACAUGCACAUCUGUGAGACUGAUGUAUUCAGCAUGGGAGUGUUUCUGCUCAAGUCAGGGGCUUCCAUACCUCUACAUGACCAUCCUGGGAUGAAUGGCAUGUUGAAGGUUCUAUAUGGCAAAGUUAAUAUAAGGUGUUAUGACAAAUUGGAUAAAGCUGAUGGGGGUGAGAGUAAAAAUGAGAGGCAGUUUGAGCCUCCACUGAAGCCUUUCCAGAAGGGUGAUGUGAGGAGAGCCACGCUAAGGUCUUCGGGGCAGUAUUCUGAUCAGAGUGGCCCUUGCAUCUUGACCCCUCUCAAAGAAAACCUUCAUGAAAUUGAUGCAGUGGAUGGACCGGCGGCUUUCCUCGAUAUAUUAGCACCACCAUAUGACCCUGAUGAUGAUAGAGAUUGUCACUACUACAAAGUUUUACAGACUGCUGAGAAAAAGUCAGAGCAGAGUGAUGACAAUGAAACAUGGCUUUUAGAGAUACCCCAACCGGAUGAUUUCUGGUGUGGUGGCGAGCCAUAUCCAGGUCCUAAAGUUUCUGUGUAGCGACAAGCACACAGAAAUGGAUCUAAUGUAGCCUAUGCUUGUGAUCUAUCCUUAUUCUGACUCCGCUGUUACAAUUUCCUUGAUUUUUGGGACCACACUACAUGAUUUCAAUGUCCACAUUCCACACCAGCAAGAUUAUUACUAUUUUUGGACACUUUAUGUGCCUCAUAGGCUACAUAUUCUUUGUGGCCUUGCUUGUGAAUAAUGAAUGUAUACAUGCUUGAAAAGCAUUUACUCUUGUAUAAGUGCACUACAAAUAUACAGUUAAUACUUGUUUAAUUUAUUUUAAAAAAAACUAUGUACACAAACAGUCGUACUUAUUUACUGUUUAUAUUUUUGGCUUUAAAGUGCUAUUAAAAUCUUCAUAAUACAUUUUUCAUUUUGACUUUGUCAUAUAUGCUACAAACCUUCAGUGAAUUUUGCAUUUGGAACAGUUCACAAGAUAACACUUUACAAUAAGGUUCCAUUUGUUAUAAUUAGUUAACAAAAUUUAACGUGACCUAGAAAUGAACAAUACUUUUACAGCAUUUAUUAUCUUGAUUAAUGUUAAUUUCAACAUAGCAUUGCUCAAAUCAAAAGUUGUAUAUGUUAACAUGAAAUAACAAUGAAUAAUACUUUUUCAGCAUUAAUUAGUCUCGGUUAAUGUUACUUUCUACAUACUAAUACAUUUUUAAUGUAAUAAAAAUUUUUAUGAGUUAACAUUUGUCUGUGUAUAAUGACCUAAUAAUGUAAGAUAAUGCAAUUAUCAAUUUAAAUUAACCAGGAUUAAUAAAUGCUUUAAAAAUUGUUCAGUCUUAGUUCAUGAUAGGCCUACACAUUAGCUAAUAUUUGCGUAUUGAGUCUUAUUGUAAUUGUUUACUUGCACUUUGUGCACAUCAUAUGCAAAGUGUGCUUAAAGUUAUUUUUAAAGUAUUCAUUGCCUGUGCAUUUGUUCAUAAUCUGAUUAUUUUUACUGACUUUUACUGUCUGAAGUUCUCUAUUCAACUUAUAAAGUGCAUUAUAAAGCAGUUUUUUUUCUUUGCUAUACUUUGUCAAAAUAGUGCAACACAAUAAGCACAGACACAUUAGGCUGUGAUUGUGCAUAAACUUUGCUCUCUAAGUUUGAUUUUCUAAUAAUGAUUUACUUGACCCAUUGUAGUUGUUGUUGGCUGUUAUCUAUUGAAUUCAAGAAACAUUCAGUAUUUAACUGACAGGAAUAAAGUGUGAAAUGACUUUCUUUGCUUAGUUGUAUUUUUACUAAUUAAGUUUCUGUUCAUCAGGAAUGGGUGCGUUCUUUUGCCAAGGCUGAUAUUUAUCAUAUAGAGUAAAAUCCUUUUGUAAAAUCAGACUUUCUAUGCGAAUGUCCAAAGACAUAUCUAGAUGUAUUAACGUCUAAUGUUUUCUUAUGUUUCCCAAACACAUGUAAUAUGUCUGAAACAUUAACGUAGGAGGCAGACUUGUGUUGCAAGCCUAAAGGUAAAAACAGGACAGAUUUUUAGGUGAUUUUAUCAUGUUAGACACCAUCCUUUCCUACAGUGAGGUAACACGGGUCUAAAGGCCCCACAGGGUAAAAGGCACUUUUUAUUUUAUUCUCUCCCAAAACAUUUAACGGCCACAAAAACUACCACAGUAAAGGUCCCCUUAAAACACAUUGUUUUUUUCUUUAAUGGGGCUAAGAUUUGUUUGGAAAAAAUGUCAAAAGUGGGCUCACAUGGCCUGAUCCAAUCACAAUGGAGAUUAAUUUGUUUAUAGAAUACUUGAGAUGUUAUGCAAUGCCAAAUGUGACUGAAAUGAACAGAAAAUGGUUACCCUUCUCUGAAGUGUCUUUAUAGACCUUGCUCUGUCAAUUGAAAAUAAAAAU